AGUCUAAUCAACGGAACAUUGCAGUUAACACGCAGCAUGUCUAAAAUAUAAGUCGUUCUCCGGCGAAGAAUCGAGAAAACUAUUAAUCUGCGUGUGGAGUACGCGGUCAAUCGGAAUUGGGAGCUGGGAAAUGACGCUGAACUGGGAAAAUCAGAAUCAAGAAAGAUCUUGAAGAACCAAGAACUCCUAGGAAGUCGUAGGUUACAGGGCGACAGGAGUGACUGGUGUGGCAUACCAUGUAGUGGACAUUCGAUCAGAACAGUAUUUCAAUAUAUCAAAAUGGCCGACUACGAUGAAAUAAAUGUCGACGAUGAAGUCGGUUACGAGUACGAUACGACGAAGAUACCGGAAAUAGUUACGCCUGAUGACAUGACCGAAUCCGGGUACCAGGAAUCGGAAAAAAGUUACGGUGACCGCCGGGAUUCUAAGGAGGGAUUCGGGGGGGAAGGUGACUCUGAUAGUGGGGUGGACGGUGUUAGUAGCGGGUGCAGCACAGUGGACGAUUGCCCUGUUGUGUCGAUCAAUGAUGUGGUCGCGUAUUACGACGAUAUCCGGCCCAGGCGUCGGUAUGCUCCCCAACUCAAUUACUACCACGUGGACAUCGAGAGGAUGGCAUUGGACGCUGUUGUUCAGAGCGAAUCGAGCUACACCUCUUUAGAGGAGGGCUGCUUUAGCGGCGAACGCCACGCCGUACUCAGCUACGAGCAAGUGAGGAGGCUCAACGAUGUCAUGGACGAGGUGGUGCCAAUCCACGGCCGUGGCAACUUCCCCACGCUCCAUGUGCGUCUGCGCGAACUUGUGGCUGGAGUCCGCGCUCGCCUUGAAGCCUCGCAAACUGAAGGUGGCGCCGGAGUUGCCGUGAGAGACGUCCGGCUUAAUGGUGGAGCUGCGAGCCAUGUCCUCACAGACCAGUCUCAACCCUAUUCGGAUAUCGAUCUCAUCUUCACCGCGGAGCUUCCCACGGCCCGCCACUGUGAUCGAGUCAAGGCGGCUGUUUUGGGACAUCUGGCCACGCUUUUGCCUGCCGCCACUCCCCGGCGUCGGGCUUCUCCAGCCGGUCUGAAGGAAGCCUAUGUUUCCAAAAUGGUGCGAGUAAAUUCCGAUGGUGACCGCUGGUCUUUGAUAUCCUUGGGAAUUUCCCGAGGUCAUAAAUCCGUGGAACUGAAAUUUGUAGACACGAUGCGACGCCAGUUCGAGUUCUCUGUGGACUCCUUCCAAAUAGCGUUAGACUCCUUACUUGCCUUCCACGAGUGCGCUCAGCUGCCAAUCGGGGAGAACUUCUAUCCUACUGUCGUAGGAGAAUCAGUAUAUGGAGAUUUCCACGAAGCCCUUUUGCAUCUGUCGGAGAAACUGAUCGCAACCCGACAGCCCGAAGAGAUCCGCGGAGGGGGCCUGCUAAAAUACUGCGCUCUACUGGCAAAGGCUUACCGACCGGCGCGACCUGACAAGAUUAAGAUCCUCGAACGCUACAUGUGCUCAAGAUUCUUUAUAGACUUCCCUGAGUUGGGACAACAACGAGCCAAGCUCGAGGCAUAUCUCCGGAACCACUUCGUUGGCCUGGAAGAAGAGGCGCUAAAGCACAGGUACCUGACGCUACUGCACGGAGUUGUGCGCGAGUCGACAGUGUGCCUGAUGGGUCACGAGCGGCGGCAGACGCUGGCACUGAUCGAGGCACUGGCAUGUCGCGAGCUGUGUGCACGUGCCGUACUCCUGCCGCAAAUGGUAGUGCCGCAGUAUUACGUAUGCGUGUGCGCGUGUGCAGCGUGUGCAGCCUGCGCGACUUACGCGCCAUGCUGCGAGUGCUGCCGCCCGCAGCUGUGCCCCGCGUGACCCUUACGCGACCACGACCGACCAUGAAUUUAGUGCCAAAUGUAUAUAAUAUAUGUAUGAUACGCUGUGUGUAUAUAAUGUGAGAUUCGCUUGAACCAACGCGGUUACACUCUGCGUCAAUUCGAUGUUGCUCACUCUACGGAUCAAUUCUUGUCAAUUCGUUGUGAUGGGCUCGCGCAUCUUCCUGACAUCACCGCGACAUUCAUUCGCCGAUUUCUAAAUUCUAACUCGGCUCGCCCCCGGCUCGUAGACGCGUGAUAUAAUUUUUGAUGGUACUCCUUUCGUGUUGAUUGCUUAAUAUGUUAGCAGUACGGAAAUUGUGGAUCACGCCAGACCAACCGCACCGUAAUCCCGAGUCGACGGUCUACGGCUCGCGAUGCCCAUGGCCUAUUAAAAGACUAGUUAGUUAUUUUUAAGCUGUUAUGUAUAAAUCGUUUCUCAUAAUGUAAUGGCAUGUCUCUCUCAAUAAAGACCGCGAAACUGAUUGAUGAUUCAUUCCUCAUUUCAUUAACUCUUCAUAUUCCGUAGUUAAGCCAUCUGAUGACAGGCGACAAUCGUAUUAGUCCUAUAAGCAUUUACAAUGCACUAGAUGGUGUGUCAGAAGAGAACAAUGAUGCUAAUAAGUCAUGAGAUGGUUUAUCUAGUCAUUCAAAGCCCCGCCUCGACCGACAGGCCUUGAAACGCGACAAACGACAUUUAUCUAAAUUUUAAUGAAAAUAUUUGAGUGUACAGAUGCAAACAGACGCGGAGUAAGAUGUACUAAAGUUGGAUCUUGAUGACUAUUUUGUAAAGGUCAAUACGGUUCGUUCCUCGUGAGAUAAAUGACCUAUUUUACUAAAUAUUUAUUAAUCUAAAAUUGUAUGUAUACACUUCUAUCGUAAUCGCUUUAAUUAUUGUAUGCGGCUUGGAGAAAAUAUACCAAAAUAAAAAUAAACUAAAAAGAAAAAGCCAAGAUGAAUACAAUGUUAAAGUAAUAUUGAUAUAAAACACUGUUUAUAAAUAUUUUAAGAACAUUUACAAGUAGUCAUGUAUCAGAGUACUUAGGAACAUGUUUUUAAGUUUCAAUAAACAGUAGUCGAUAUGCGAAUUGUGAUGUAAUUGUUGUAGAAUAAUGUUGUCGAGGAUUAUAUACUUACAUAACAUAUUAUCUAGUUAAAUUCGAUAGAGUUAUAUUAUUGUUGUAUUUAAUAGUGAUACGAAUGGUGUAAACAGUGUCCGGCCAAAUCGUGCAUGUCUUAUCUAGUUGCCAACGCAAAGUUAUAUGUAUACAAUUGUAUGGAUUAAUUCUAAGUUGUCUAGGUCCGGAGUACUGAGUACAAUCUGCUAAUCUUUAAGGAUCUUCGGAACAAUGAACGAUUUUAUGAACGAAUUUUUCUAUCUUGCUCACGAAACAAAUUUAAGAUCACAUUUAACCGAUUUGACAAAAUUUUGUUCACUCUUCGCUUCGGAUGACUUUUCUACAUUGUCUGCGUUCUUGUCAUAACAUCCUAAGCUUCCAUUGUUAAUAUCUAAUGUAUCAUAGUUUACCACAUGUAGAUUAAACGUAGCUAUGUAAUUAUCGCGUAUUAUCCCAAACCCGAGAUCGUAUGGACGGAACGCAGUGCAAUUUUUUGAUGUACCUAGACGUAGACCACAUGUACUUAGUGAUGUAAUUUAAAAUACAUAAUGUAGCUAUUGAGAAAUUAAACUAUAUUCCAUUUAUUAAGAUUAUCACUAGUAUUUCGCCUGGUACACUUUAACAAGUGUAGUGAAAGCUGGACAUACACUUACGGAUGCUAUCGAAAGAUUCGAAGCCAAGGUAGGAUGCCUUUCGGAAUAUCUAAACAACAUUUAAUUUUGUCUGCUCCGUUGUGUCUUCGGCCUACGCUAUCGACACAGGCGUCUAAGUUGUGAUUUGUGAUCUUUUUGACGGAUAUUUUUAAAUCGCCUUUGUUAUUGUCAUUUCUUAAUACAGAAUCUUAUCAUUCAAUUCAUUUAUAACGUCACUACUAUCAGCAUGUCUAUUGAUGAAAUUGUAAUGAUUCUCAUGGAGUUUAUGUUAAUUGGAUGGUUAGAUUCGGUCAUCUGUGAUUAUUGAUUAUAUUGUAGUUUGACUAUUGGCAUAAUCGUUUUCUUAAAUCUACCUCCUGGAGAGACUUUAUACGGUAAAUUUUUAUUCAUGGAAUACUUAAUAAAAUAGUAGAUUAUAAAUCGAGUUGACCUUUACCCAUAUUAGCAUAUGGGUGAUUUCUUUUACUCUUUUGACCCAAAAUUUUUAAGGUCCUGUAUAAUGAGGUAGUCUUUUUUUUAAUUUUUGUAUAGUUUUACAUAGCAUCUUUAUUUUUCAAAAUUAUUAUAAGGUUAAAAAAUAAACGUUUUUAUUAAGUAUUCGUUAGAAAUGAUAAAGAUUUUAGCGAUGACCCUUUUCUAGGCUUUUAUAAUUAAUUGCUUACUUAACGGUCUUAAUAUAUACAAUAAAAUCGAGAGACAUGAUAUUGUAAGGUUUUAUUUUUCUAUAGUUACCAUCAGUUUUCAGCUAGCCUUAUUUUUAAUUAUUUUUUAAUCUACUUAUGCAUUGUAAACCGUUUGUGUGUUUCCAUUUAAUAUUCUUUCACAUAAAUGUUUGUCGUUAGUUUUUUGAAAAUUUAAAGAACAAAGUGGCAGUUUCGGAUAUUAAACAAAACACACAAAUGUAAAAACGUUGCUUCGAAAGAUUUAAAGUACUAAAAGUCGUUAAAGUUCGAUAUUACAGUGUGAAAAAAUAUUUACUUUGGUUGUUAAUAAUCCGUGAUAUUUUUUUGAUCAAACAAAAUUUUAUUUUAUCAAAUACGACGUGUAGAUGUUAUUCUUACAUGUAAGCGGCUUAAUAAAUUAACGAUAAGUUCAAAAUAUUAUUUUAUCACUCUGAAAAAAACUUUGAAGUAUAAUCUAAUCGAUCUACUUUGUCUAACUAGUCGUUCAUUUGUCGUCCUAACUGUAAUGUCGAACUAUCGAAGUGGCGUCAGGUCCCGCCGCUCAUAUGUUACAAGCGAAGCCGGGGCCCCAGACUCUCUAGAGUAGAUGCUAGUACAUAAAGCUUUAGAUUGUAUAAGCUUAUUAUAAGUUUUGAAUACCUUUCCUAUAGUGAAAAAAUCCGAAUUCUAUAUCUAAAAUAAAAAAAAAGAUUUAAAUAUUUAUGCCCGUUGCGUCUCUAGUUCUCUUACCGAGGCUGGCGAGGGACAAUAAAUAUUCAGUGACGUCAACACAACGCCCUGCUUGUACUGAAAACUAUAUGUCGAGGGCAAGAUCAAAUAGAACCUUUCAGUCCUUAAAUAAAUCUUUUUCACAUAAAUAAAAUUCGGAUUUCUUUGAGUUGAGGUAGCGUAUAUUUACACUUAUUCAUAUAUUUUCUCUUCCAAGUUGCCUGUUUCGUAUAACAUGAGGCGUAGACUCGCUGUUGUUGGGUUACAUAAUGUUUAUAUUUGUGAAGAGUUUUAAGCUAUUGUAAAUUUUACAGAAAACUAAAUAAAAAUGUUGUGAAAAUAAAUUAUAAAAAAGUGAUA